GAGCUCGCCACAAAGACAUUGGAUAUAUUGGGAAGCGGCUAGUCCAAAUCUACCCCGUAUCUCAAGCUGCCUAGUCUAGCAAAGGGUAGUUUUUUCUGAAAUGCUGAUAUCGAAAACAUUCAUUUGUAGAUCAUUUCAAAUCAAUGCAACCCGUGCUUAUAGGUUGUCGAAAGAAUUGGUGGAAAGUGGUGAGUCAGCUAUAACUCUUUCUCCCGAUGGAGCAGUCGUCGUUUGUUGGCAUCCAGUCAGAAAAGUUCCUUAUGAAUGUACUAAACCUAUUUCACAUAACAUUAAAUCGCUACGUACUCCAACUUCUCCUCUAAAAAUCAAUGUACCCGAUACAAUCAUCAAAAAUUCUGCAGAGCCUACUGUAGUAGAACUUUCAAAAGCUUUCGGUGUUCCAUGGUUUCAUUUUCGACCUAGUUUCGCGAUUUUGGGAUUGAUUGACCAGUUGUAAAUUGGAUUGUCUACAGUUGAUGAGACGCCGUGAAAUAACAUGUCAAUUUUAAUUAAAAUUAAUGAGACUCUGUAAUGUGUACGGAAUUUUAGAACUUUUACACAGAUAUUUUCAGUUCUAAAAAUCCUGUAAAUAUACAUUAAAAAAGCGACUUACAGAUAGUGUGGAUGCAGUUACCAAUGAGAAAGAAACAGGUUCCGUUAAAGUUACUUCUACAUUUUGUUUAUGAUAUAAAGUACUGUUGCAAUUUGCUGAAUCCGAUGGAGUUGGUGUAUUUGAUGAUAUAUCAAAUUCCACAGGAUUUGAAACUAAUGAUAAAAGAAAAUCAUUCGAAGUGAUAACAAAACGAAAACUUUGAAAAUAACUACAGUUGGAUUUAAACAGUGUUAAAUCUUUAAAUCAGCUAGAUUAAUCCAUUUCAGGGACACUUGAAUGUCGAAUGCUAAAAACGUAUAAGUGUUGUAAAAUCUAAAAUCUAUUCAUUCUUCUAGUGUAUAUAUAUUUUGAGUUCUUUUGAAAAUUAAAUGUAAAUUAAAAUUCACAGUCGGUCUGGUAGGGACCAUAUUUUUAAAAUUCAUUCCUUAAUGCAAAAUCUCGGGGUGUUAAUGACUAUUCUUCACUUUAUGUACUACAAAACAUCUUUAAUAUCAGUUAAUUAUUCUUACGCUG